UUUUUUGCCUUUUUUUUUUCGAAACAGUCGAUUCAAAAGUUCUUCGUGGUGACGCGGCCGGACAGGAUGCAGAUCUGCUUGAAAGUGUCGAGUGCCAUGACGUGUUCGAUGUUGCUCGGGUGAACCACGGCGUCGACGGCAGCGACGUGACGAAGGACUUGGGAUUCCGCCUCGGUGAUUUCGAGUGCGUCGAUUUUCGCCCGGGCGACUUGAAACCGUUCCCAACUAUUUGCGAGGAGGAAGAAUUCUUGCUGGCAGUCUCUUCCGCAUUCCGGACAGCUGGACGUUUCCGGCAUGGCUGAGCGACAAGACGGACACCUGAACGCGGGUGGUCUUUCCAUGGACUCGCGGACUGUCGGCCAGUGCUCUGAACAAGCCUCACAUGUGCAGAUCCCUGGAAAGCACCAGUGUCCGAUGUGCCGUGGACUGGGAUUCAUUGAAACUGCGACGUUGGCGGAAGAAUUGGGAAUCAACGAAACCGUGCACAGCAUGACCGUGGGAAAUGUGAACGUCGAGUUCGAUCGUGUGGCUGGAAUGGCGAAAUUUUGUUUCACUGUCAAGAUAAUGACGAAAUCAGAAGAUGCUGUUCCUCGGAGCGAAGAAUCUUUCGGGUGUUCCCUAUGCAAUUUUGUCUUCAAGUCGGCGAUGCAUCGAGAUUUCCACUCGAGUUGCGUGCACAAGACACAGAUGCUUUGCUGCGAUGAAGUCUUCGCAUCUUCGGAGGAUCUCAUGACUCACGUCCGCGACAAGCACGGAGGACGCGUUUAUAUGUGUCACCUGUGUCCGAAAGUGUUCAAGAACAAGGGCACGUGUACCGUGCAUUUGCGGGUUUUCCACAAUGAUAAAUCGGCAAAGGUAGAACACGGGAGAGUUUGUGCGAGGCGAAAAACCCCGGUGUUUUCGAAGUUACCCUGUCGUGUUCUGAUGACACCCGCUUGUUCAGUCCAGCAUGAGGUUGACUUGUGUAUGGUGGUUUCUGCUGAUCCUGUGGAGCGUUUGACGGGAACUGGCGUGGAUGCCGUUUGUUCAGUGUGUUCCGAAGAUGUUCGUGCUCCGAAUGAUGCAGAGUUCCAUGCUAGUGCUCAUGGUGGAAAACCUGUUUGGAGGUGUUCUGUUUGCCUCAAAACGCUCUCCUCUAAGGUCAGUCUAAGAUCACACCGGUGCCUCUUGCAACACAUAACAGUGGAGAACCUCAACAAAGGAGGCGGUCUAAACGAGACAGUGGAUUCAACUAAUGCUGCUGUAAAUUUGGACACCAUAGUUGACUUGGAAGCUGCGCGAUUGCUUGGAUUGAAUCUUGGCACGUGUUGUGCGUCGGAGAUUGAAGAGGUCAUCUGUCAUUGCAAAAAAUUUCUCGUUAAAAUCAACUCUGAUCAUCACUACUCAACUAUGGGUACAUUGGACGCUACUUUCCUGGAAGAAGUGAGGAAGGAUUUCGAAUCCUGUCCAAAGAAUCAUCUCGCCCAGAAUGUGUGCUUUCGACAAAGCCCGAUGUUGGCUGCUCUUGAGCGGACGACGAUUCAAUCGGUGCGCCCCGUCUUUUCCCACAAAGUUGAUCCCGAGGGCAAGCCUAUGACCAAUCAGAAGCGCUCUGGACGUUGUUGGAUUUUUGCCCUUUUGAACACCGUUCGAGUACCCGUGAUGAAACACUUUGACCUGGAAGAACUCGAAUUAUCGCAGCCCUUUUUGGCCUUCUGGGACAAGAUUGAACGCGCCAACUUUUUUCUUCACAAGAUUGUCGAAGCCUACAAGGACGGCGAGAAGACUGACGGACGCCUGAUUUCGUUCCUGCUCUAUGACCCUGUUCAGGAUGGUGGACAGUGGGACAUGUUGGUGAACCUCGUCAAGAAGUAUGGUUUGAUGCCCAAGUCAGCUUAUGCUGAUUCUGCUUGUUGCGAAGAUACGGGUCGAGUGAAUUCUUUGCUGAAAAACAAAUUGAGGCAGUUCGCGCGCGAUUUGAAAACGGCGCUCGAUCAAGGGAGCGGCGACGUGGAUAUCGAAGCGAAGAUCAAGGAGUAUAUGAAAGUCAUUUACCGCAUCACUGCGAUUUGUUUGGGGAUUCCGCCGAGCCACUUCGAUUGGGAAUUCAUCGACAAGAAGAAACAAUACAAGAAAAUCCCAAACUUGACACCAUUGGACUUUUAUGAGACGCACGUGAAGCCCUUGUUUGACUUGGAUGAGAAAAUCUGUUUGGUGAACGAUCCCAGACCGACGAGUGAAUUCGGUAGACCCUUAUUUGUCCAGUAUCUUGGGAAUGUCGUUGGCGGUCGAGAAACCGUUUACAACAACCAGGAAAUCGAAGUCAUGAUGCGUGCUGUUCGAGACUCUAUCAAGGCAAAUGAACCUGUGUGGUUCGGUUGCGAUGUCAGUGCAUCGCGAUGCAAGGGAGGAGUCAUGUCUACUGAUGUGCGAAAUUACAAGCUUCUCUUCGACGAAGACUUCAUACUGAAUUUGAGCAAGGCAGAGAAGCUGACUUACGGACAAUCCCAAAUGACCCAUGCGAUGGUUCUUACCGGAGUCACGUGCGAAACGGAUGAUUCCCUUCCGAGCCGUUAUAAAGUGGAAAAUUCGUGGGGAGAGGAUGAUGGCGAGAAAGGUUAUUCGGUUAUGACGAAUGACUGGUUUCGUGAAUACGUGUACGAAGUCGUGGUUGACAAGAAAUUUUUAUCGGAAGACGUUCUUGCCGCGCUCGACAAGGAAAGGAUUGUGUUGCCGCCUUGGGAUCCGAUGGGAUCUUUGGCGUAAUUCUGAUUGUGAACUAUUUGAGAAAAUAUAGAACCAUUUAAAAAUACGUUGUGCAUAUGAUGUGUGUGCGUGUGUUUUUGUUUCGUUCGUUUUUCGCUUCAUCUCACUGUAACAUUUGUGGAAAUUGUGUCCGUUGUAUAGGUUAGUUGGAACUUGAAACUUUGGAUUCUUGCCCAGACCAAAUGGCACAAUUA